AAAAAAGUCAACUGACAUGAGUUGAUGUUUGUGAUGUUUGUUGUUGCUCGGUUUCGGGUAUUUUAUUUAAUAAAAUAACUCUGUCGGUGACCGCGGUAAGCGGUUUGCGGUGAAUUAUUUUAUUCAGCAAUUUAAGUGUGAUUUCUCGAUGCCAAAAUGUCUUACAGCCCAAAUUCUGAACUUUUGAGACGAACAAUUGACCUAAAUUAUGCUAAUAAGAAAAGAGCUAGUUCUAUGAAAUGGAUCGCGAUCAACGGCUUGGUUCUUCUUGUUUUCGCCUAUGAUUUAUGGGGCAAGUGCGCGGGCUACACGUCGCUGCUGCACUACGCGGAGCUGUGCGUGGCGGGCGUGGCGGCCGCCAACCUGCUGCAGCACGCCGCCGCGCUGGCCCGCGCGCGCCGCCUCGCCCGCGCCGCGCCCGCCGCCGCCCGCCGCCCGGGGCCCGCCGCGGACACGUCGCUCGCCGACACCGACGCGUCGGCGGCGGAGGAGAUGGCGGCCGAGGCGCUGUCGCUGUCGCUGUCCAUGUCGGCGGGGCGCGCGUGGCGCUCGUCGCCGCCGCCCUCGCCGCCCUCCCCGCACACGCCGCACUCCGCCGGCGCGCCCUCGAGCCCGGCGUCGCCGCUCGGCCGGCACGAGCGAGACGAGUUCAUCGCGGAUCGUCGCUCCCUCGCGGACUACCUCAGGAGCCGGGCAGACCGAGGCCGCGCGGAGGGCGCGGAGCCGGGCUGGGGCGCGCCGGGGCCCGCCGCCGCCGCCUCGCCCGUGUACCAGCUCGCGGCCGUCGAGACAGACGGCGGCUCGCCGGAGGAGCGCGCGGAGGCGGGCGCGGGCCCGGCGGCGUGGCGGCGCCUGCAGCUGGACCCGCAGCGUCUCACGCAGUUCAACCUCAACCUCCGGGUGUGGCUGCACGCGACGGUGCUGGUGCGCGUGGCGCGCGAGCUGGACGCGCUGGACGCCGCCUUCGCCGCGCACGGGCUGUCCGACGUGCGCAUGGGGCAGGUGAGCACGGAGCGGCUGCGCAAGCUGGCGGGCGCGUUCCCGGCGCUGGCGCCGCUGCUGCCCUUCCUCGAGCCCUUCCCCGACCAGCAGUACGUGGUGCAGCGCUACAGAGAGCUGGCGGCGGGCGGCUGCCUGAGCGCGUACAGGUGGAGCGGCGGCGGCGCGGGCUGGGACGAGGCGCGGCCGGCCGACGCCGAGCUGCUGCUGCACGCGCUGGCCGCGUACCUGGACGCGCAGCUGCCGCGCGAGGCGAGCGGCGCGGGCGGGUUCAGCGCGCGGCACGUGUCGGCCGCGCCCGCGCCGCCGCCGCGGGGCCCGCGCGCGCUGGCCCUGCACCGCGCCGCGCGCGCGCCGCCGCACUUCGUGCUGGUGCACGGCGAGGAGACGGUGGAGGUGGGCGCGGGCCGCAACAACCUGCUGCACUGCCUGCUGGUGUUCGUGGCGCUGUGCGGCGCGCGCGAGCCGCCCGCGCUGCGCCGCCUGCACCUCGGGCCCGCCGGCCUCAACCUGCUGUGGGUCAUCGGCCGGUGACGAUGGACGGACGCUCGGCCGAUUGUGAAUCGUUGUUGUGAUAAUAAUAAAUGUAAUGUUUGAAUCGAG